CUUAUUCUCAUGACAUAAUACUUUCACCUUGUGCGCAGUUCUGUAUCAACUACGUCAACGAGAAGCUGCAGCAGAUCUUCAUUGAUCUGACCAUCCAGAGUGAACAGGACGACUACAUUGCCGAGGGUAUCCAGUGGACACCUAUCAAAUUCUUCAACAACAAGGUGGUGUGUGAGCUCAUAGAGGCUCGUCGUCCGCCUGGAGUGCUGGCUGUACUAGAUGACGUGUGCAAGACCAUGCACCGUGAAGCCUCGGGUGUGGACGAGAAAUUCAUUCAGAAGCUGUCAGAGAACGUAUCACAUCCACACUUGGUAGGUGAUACGUUACAUUGA